AUGAGUGAUAAUAAGAACCUUACGACUGUGCCGUCUCAUUUAUUCCUACCUGAUGUGAUUCUACUUUCGCUAGUAUUUGCAGGAACAUUCGUUGGAGCUCGUUCAGCGUACUGUCGCUAUCUAAAGCAGUUGACCAAAGUAACAGAAAUUCCAAGUUCAGUUUACCGAAAAAGAUGGCUUUACGGAAAAGUGACUUCAGUGGGUGAUGGUGAUAACUUCCACUUCUUUCAUACACCAGGCGGGAUGCUUGGUGGCUGGGGUUGGUUGAGAGAAGUGCCUACGCUACCGAAACUUGUGGUGAAGAACGUGUCGACUUUGUCCACUAAAAAGCUAGAGCCCUUGUAUAAGAGGAUGUUGCAACGCUUUUUCAAGAGGGAAAGUUUGGAGACUGCUUGGUCUAAUCAUUUCUUAAGCUUACAUGUUCCUUAUAAGAAUAGACGUAAUCUGUCGACCUUGUCGAUUAGGAUAUGUGGGGUCGAUGCACCAGAAAGAGCUCACUUUGGUAAUCCUGCACAACCUUUUAGUGAUGAGGCUUUAAUUUGGUUGAGGUAUACCAUCUUAGGUAGGAAUCUUUGGAUCAAACCAUUGUCAAUGGACCAAUACGGCCGGUGUGUCGCUAAAGUCAAUUACUGGACUUGGACGGGUUACAAAGACCUCAGUCUCGAAAUGGUGAAAAGAGGUUUGGCAGUCGUCUACGAAUCCAAAUCUUCAGCUGAAUUUGAUGGAGCCGAACAGAAAUACAGGCGACGCGAAAGAAUUGCAAGAUUCCAGAAACGAGGAUUGUGGUCUCAAAAGAAGAUUGAAACGCCUGGAGAGUAUAAAAAGAGCUUGAAAUAA